ACGACGAGUCAGUGUUGCGCGCGAUUUUCGACGCGAGCGCACGCCGCACAGCGUUCGAAAUUUAAAACGAUCGAGACAGUGAACAGUGAAUUUUUAAGUUUUUCGGCCAGUGCUGCAGUGGACUUUGGUGUUUACUAUUUUGUUACAGUUAAUUGGAAGUUUUAAAGGAUGUUAAGAGGAUUGUAUCCUGUUUUGUGCAAGUGCUAUUGUUUGCAUUGUUGAUGCGAACCAGCUGUCAAAACAUCUAUACUGUCAAGGCAGGCACGGCCGAAAUCUCGUUCUGCUAACCAUUUUAAGAUUCACUGCGAACUGUUACACUAAAAAAAACUAAACCACAGACAAAAACAGAAAAAAAAUCAUGAACAGUUGAUGCAAAGAUGCCAACAUAGCGGUACCGAUGGCGCAUAAACUGAAGAAUAACCACUACGUGGCGACGCACCGGGGGACGGACUCGCCGUCGUCGGGGGCGUAUUUGCACCGCGGACAGACGAGGGAUGAGAGUGACAGUCAUAGAGCACCGUCGGAAAGAACGUUGUCCGAGUACACGACAAUGGACGAACGGACACGAUCACCAUCCGGCGAGCACCGGGAGCACCGCAACGGCCGGAGUCGUUCACAGCACGCCAACGGCUCGCCGCGAGCCGACAGCGACGUGUACGUCACUAGCGGCGCCUACAGACCUCCCUCACAGAUCAGCCGGCAGUCUCGUGCGCCGCGCAGCGUGUAUUCCUACCGCAGCGCAGUGGCGCCCUCUGUCGCGUCCACACACCGCUCAAAAGUCUCACGGAAGGCGGGGGUAAAAGUAGACGCGAUGGCGGCCCCCAACCCGUUCUGCCCCAACGUGAAGGGCAUGUGCUGCCUCAUGCUGCUCCUCAACCUUGGCCUCAUCCUGGUCACGCUGGGGUUCGUCAUCGUACUGCAGUUCUUCGAGCCGCUCUUUGUCUGGAUAUUGGGCAUAGUCUUCCUAAUAUUCGGCUUCAUCACGCUCGUCGGCAGCCUCAUCUACUGCGUGGUCCUCUGCCGCGAGAACCCUUACCCUCAGUACCCUGACGACUUCUACUGGACACACCACUGGUCCAAGACCAUAGGGCCUUCGGAAAUACACUACAACGCCAGUGAGAAGCCCUACAGACAAAACGGACACAGUGAUAGAUAUAAUAAGUAUAACGGGAAGUAUUCGGACCGAGAGAGCGCUAAGGGCUACUCGGACAGGGAGAGCAAAUUAAGCAGGUAUUGAACGUAGCUUAGAAAUGUUGAGGUUAAUUUCUGAACGCAUCGUUCGAAUUUUGAAUUUUGCGCGGGAAUCUUUGGAUAAGUUCCCGCUUGUCUACGGGCCAUUUUUAUAUUGCUCUAAGAACAUUUUUGGUAAAUAAUAUUAUAAUUUUAAUUUUAUGUAUUCAAAAGGAUAUUCGAUACUUCUUUUAUAUUCUUAGGAAUACGAUUAUCAUGGCCCAUUACGACUUUAAACUUUUUAAGAAGUUUUAACAAGUGUGAAUUUUGGUGCAGAUAUUGAGAUUGUUGAGAACUUUUUUGCUGUGCUAUUAUUAAGCACUUUCUUGUAAUGUUUACAAUUUUACAUUGUAAUCGUUAUUUAUAUCUCUUGGUCCAGAUAGUUGCUUGCUAUUUGGAAUUAGUCAAGUGAUUUUGAAAAGAGUAAUUUAUGUAGAGUACAAUUGUGUUUUUCUCAAUGCUCUUCAUUCUACAACAAUUAUUUUAGGCACUUUCGCCUCGACGUUCAAUAUAUAUAAAAAUUUAUUCGAUGUCUUAUUUUAUAAUUAAUGAUAACAUAAUGGUAAUUGUAAAUAAUAUUAUAUUAAUAAGGUAUUAAUUUAACAAUCUUUAAAGCAAAUGCCAUAUUACUUAUUAUAAUAAAAACUUACCUGUUAUAUUGAAUUUACGUAAAAUUAUUAAAAUACAAAAUGUUAUUUAGUAAAAACUGUGAAUUCAUUAUUUUAUAUAGAAUUAUUUACAAAUUGAGAGUAAACCAGUAAUAUAUUACUUUAAUACGCCUGUAUCUGA